AUGUACGCUGUAGACACCCAGUCGUCCGUCACUGAUGAGAUUGGAGAGACGCAUGGAAAGCCCAGGGGCAAGCGAAGUGGACUCGCACCGGGCAGUUUAGCCGCUGCCACAGUCGACUCCCACAAGGCCGCGGUUCUGCAGGAGGUCAUGGGUGAGACCGGCUCCCGUAGUGUGGUCGUUGCAGUUGACAAGGUGUUCUCUGGUUCAAUCCGGCUCGACGGGGAUGCCAUAGUUGACUUUGUCAAGGCCCUAUGCCAGUCCAUAAAACUAGUUAAUGCUUCAAUUAAUAAUUUAUUCCUCUGUCGGUAA